UCAGCUGUAGGAAUACAAGAAAGAUUAUAUAAUUAAGACAUUCUCAGUCCUAUGCAAGAACGAAACUCAUGUUUUAUGAAAUUUAUACUAACUUACUACUUGAUAUGAUAUAGUUCAUUUCACAUAUAAGUCAGGCCAAAUGAAAUCAGAAGUGUUUCCAGUUCCCAGUCCGUCCUAACCGGAUAAAAUGUUCCCAACCUAAACAUUUUUUUAUUCUAAUUCUAAAAGUUGGACUGAUAAUUUUCCCGAUUUGUUUAUUACUGUUUUGUACAGUAUUACACUCUGCUGUCACCAAAGCACUUCAAACACUUGUGUGUCAGGCGUCAUGGUGAUAUCAUAGCAUGCAAAAUGCCUGCCAUUAGGGCUGGCAGUAGUUUGGUUAUAGUUUAAUGAUAAAAGGUAAAUUUCCCAUCUAAAACCAACAUUCAGGAAAGGGAUGAAGUGGGUAUAUUAAAAUAUAUACAUGUAAACUAUAAGAUGACCAAUUGCUGCUCUCUGAUGAAAACAAAAUAAUGUUAUAGUUUGAAGUGUUUCAAUGAUUUUUGAAGAAAAAACCCAGUUCAUAUCUGUAUCUAUGUACAAUCUUUAUCAUUUACUUAUGUCAUAUAGUUUAUACAGUAUUUGUAAUGCCAUUUCUUUUUCUUUUUUUAACCUUGUAGGAUUAUCUCUUCUUAUGUUUACAUUUCCUCUCAACCAAUAGCGAGAAAAGGCAGAAAAGAUGACCUAUUGGAGAAGUUCUGAGACUGCUGAAAUUAAUGGAAGACAGAUCCAUCAAGAAGCCACAGUCGACAAGAGCUGGGGUCAGAAAGGCAGUCCCUGGGAGUUCAACCUGCGUGAUCUGUUUCGAUGGUGUGAUCUUCUCUGUCACAAUCAGGUGAAGGAUCUGUACGAGAGGAUAUUUCCUGAUAGUCUGCCAUUUUAUGUGCCCAGUAGACAAGUAACCAUUUCCAACAGUGUAAUACAGGCAGGACACUCAUUUCUCUGCCGUGAAGAGUUUGUGUCAAGGGAGACAACUCGGUCACUGUACCUCCUUCACCACCUCCUGGAGCGUAUGGAAGCAGUGAUGAAGUACGUCCAGAUUAACUGGAUGCCCAUUCUUGUGGGGCCUCAGUCCUGUGGUAAGACCAGCUUGGUCCAGCUACUGUCCAGUUUGACCGGCCAUCACCUACAUGUUCUAGCAAUGAACUGUUCCAUGGACACCACAGAACUACUGGGCAGAUUUGAAGAGGCAGAUAUCCAGAACCAUGUAGAGAAACUCGUCUACACAACCGAAUCUGUUGUCUUGGAUACCACCAUCCUGCUUCUCCAAGGUCAACAUGUCAGUAUGGCAGGGAGGCUGCAACAAUCCUGGAACAGCUUCAGGCAGUGUGAAGAUGCGGAGUUUGGAAUGAAACUGUCGAGUGUAGAAGAGCUAGAAUCUGUCGAGGUCAAGGUCACAUGUCUGACAGAGGUCAUAAGUGACAUUAAGCAGUCUCUCCAGACUCAGACAUCUGAUAAAGGAGCCGAAUUUCUGAAGACAGUAACAGACUUGGAGUCAGAGGUGACCUCCAAGUUAACGCUGACCUAUGUAGGGUCAGGCAGCGGGGCAUUUAAGUGGGCUGACAGCGUGCUGGUACAGGCAUUACAGGCCGGUCACUGGCUACUUAUCGACAAUGUCAACUUCUGCAGGUAUCAAUUGUUCACAGAGAAUAACAUGUUAUGUCCUAAAUAAUGUAACAGAAAGGUAUGCUCAUUGCUUGCGAUCCUUUUAUCCUUUAAAGUAAACCUGCCAAGACUU